UCGAGGUCGCAAUAGUGAACAUUCAUUUUACUUGUUUACUCAGUAUGUGUUCUUAGUUGCAAUCAAACACUCUUUCGCUUAGAGAGUGUAUAGUUUGUGUAAAAAUACGCUUUUAAUCAAAGCCGUGAAAGUAGUAAUACAAUAAUCAUCAUGGAGGACAUAGCAAAAUUUUAUAAAAUCACACCGCAACAGGAAUAUGAAAGAAAUCCAAAACUUUCGGAAAACGACGUUCAAGAGCUUCUCAAAUGGGCAAACGAUAAUAUUAACGUGAACGGCAAACUUACCGACAUACAAAUUAUCAUGUUUUUGCAUGCUUGCAAUUACGAUAGAGAAAAUGCCAAAAAAGUCAUUAGCCAAUACUUCACUUUACGGGCUAAAAAGUGUGCAAUUUACUUUAGAGGAAGGGAUCCUACACAUCCCUUCAACCAAAAACAAUUCGACGUUGUCAAUAUUAACAUACUCGAAGAUGAAGUCGAACGUUACAGUUACAUAUGGACAAGUUUGAAAAUUGGAGAUGCCUCCCAAUAUUAUCCCAACGUCGCGGCUAAGUUAACGUUUAUGGCCAUCGAACUCAAACAAGUCGAAAAGGGUACUAUGCCAGGCUACAGGAUCCUUAUAGAUUCCAGAAAAUUUGGAUUGAGCCACGCGCUGCGAUAUUCGCUAUCGAAUGCGAAAAACCUAAUGACUUACGUUCAAGAGGCAACACCGUUUAUUAUUGAACAAAUAUACAUUAUAAAUGUGACACCUGGAAUUGAACGAAUAUAUUCAACAAUGAAACCCUUUAUGAGUGCUGCUCUAAUAAACAAAAUUGUAAUCAAAUCAGUUUCCAAAACGGAAGAACUUCUAAAAUCUCUUCCUCAACACGUUGUACCAAAAGAUUUCGGUGGACAAGCACCAACAUUGCAAGAAUCAAUGGACAAACUGAGAGCUGAAAUGAUCGAAAACCGUGAGUUUUUUUUGGCAGAAGAAAGAUACAGAAAUGGUGUGGUUCAAAGUGAAGUAGAAACAAUAACACCAGAUGAAGAAAUACAGUCAUUCAAAAGUUUGAGCAUAGAUUAAACAACUAUUUUGUUUUUUUUUUAUAAAGUUUUUGAGUGAUAUUUAAUUAAUACAAUUAAUUAAGCAUUCUGAUCAAUAAAUAAAUAUAACAAAUAAUAGUACUUGUCUUCUUGUAUACAAAUUACGAUGUGAAACUACGAAGGUAAUAUUUGUUAUAUUUUUAAUAUGUUUGCAUGAUUUUAAAUGUAUGUUUGUAUUACCUAGAGCUGCAAUACAUUAUUACUUAACAGUGAGAUUUAAUUAUAAGAUUUGUUAUGUCAAUAGUUAGUAU